GGGCGGCGCGAGACCUUGAAUCCGCCGGGCCGGGCCCUGCCCGCUGCCGCGUGGUCCCUGUACCAGGCCGGCUGCUCCCUGCGCCUCCUUUGUCCCCAGGCCUUCUCGACCACCGUGUGGCAGUUUUUGGCGGUGCUCCAGGAGCAGUUUGGAAGCAUGGCGGGCUCCAACGUUUACCUCACGCCCCCCAACUCGCAGGGCUUUGCCCCCCACUACGACGACAUCGAGGCGUUUGUGCUGCAGCUGGAAGGUCGGAAACUCUGGCGCGUCUACCGACCCCGGGUCCCAACUGAGGAAUUGGCCCUGACGUCCAGCCCCAACUUCAGCCAGGAAGACCUUGGUGAGCCGGUGCUGCAGACCGUGCUGGAACCUGGGGAUUUGCUCUAUUUCCCUCGGGGCUUCAUUCACCAAGCCGAAUGCCAGGAUGGGGUGCACUCUCUCCACCUCACCUUGUCCACGUACCAGCGCAAUACCUGGGGUGACUUCUUGGAGGCUGUACUGCCCCUGGCGGUGCAGGCUGCCAUGGAGGAAAAUGUGGAGUUUCGUAGGGGACUGCCCCGAGACUUCAUGGAUUACAUGGGGGCCCAGCAUUCGGAUUCCAAGGAUCCUCGAAGAACUGCUUUCAUGGAGAAGGUGCGGGUCUUGGUUGCCCGCUUGGGACACUUUGCUCCUGUCGAUGCUGUGGCUGACCAGCGAGCCAAAGACUUCAUCCACGAUUCUCUGCCUCCCGUGCUAACUGACCGGGAGAAGGCACUAAGUGUUUACGGGCUCCCAAUUCGCUGGGAGGCAGGAGAGCCUGUGAACGUAGGAGCCCACUUGACAACAGAAACAGAAGUGCACAUGCUUCAGGAUGGGAUAGCCCGGCUGUUGGGCGAGGGCGGCCAUUUGUUUCUCUAUUACACGGUGGAAAACUCCCGUGUUUAUCACCUGGAAGAGCCCAAGUGCUUGGAGAUAUUACCCCAGCAAGCUGAUGCCAUGGAACUCUUACUCCGCUCCUACCCCGAGUUUGUGAGGGUAGGGGACCUGCCCUGUGACAGCGUGGAGGACCAGCUUUCCUUGGCCACCAUGUUAUAUGAUAAGGGGUUGCUGCUCACCAAGAUGCCUCUUACCUGAACUAGCUUCUCGUUGAUUGCUGGAAACAAGGCAGCAGUGAUGACUCUUUCCUACCACCACCACCUUGUUCUGGAGGGGAAAAAACUCACGUUCUUACCUUGAGGACCAUCCUUGUGCGCACACUUACCUUUAGGCCUGCUGCAGUGUCAAAAAACUCAGAGGAUGUUUUAGGAACCACCACACCUAGGCACAGAAAUAAAACCAGAAGUUGGAGGUGGAAAAAAGCUAUUUCUACCCAAGUAACCUUGAUCCCUAAUCAUUUCAGAAUACGAACUUAAUCAUCCGCCCAGGCUUCAGUGUACUGUGUAGCACUUGCUGUCGUUCUGCUUGAGACAUGAGAAGUUUUUAUUUGGAAUUGCUUUGCGUCCUUAAUUUGAGUUCUCAUUCAUCAGUUUGGGGGAGGGUUGGAUUGGAAGAAACUUCCCCAUAUCUGGCAAGUGAAUGUUCUCAUGUUGGUGGAAAAGAGCCUGGUGUACCAGAGAGAGCAUUGGACUUGGAACCAGAAGACCUGGGUUUGGGGUGGUGGCUGGUAGGCAGCUGGCUGAAUGACCUGAGGCUGCUGCUACGCCUGGGCACACAGAUUUUGUAAGUAUAUAUUGGUCCAGAUUGGUGUCUUCACCUCAUUAUUUAGAUUUUAUCUGGAACUUUUAAGAUCCUAUCACCAUAACUGGUAGGUUCAGUUAUAUAAAGUUGAGAACUUUAUAAAGUCUUUUU